CAACUUUUGUCAAAUAAACAAGUUCGCUCCGUGCUCAACGAAACCUACGCUCCCGAAGUGAAAUGGCUCGUACCAAGCAAACCGCUCGUAAAUCGACUGGAGGUAAGGCUCCUCGCAAGCAGCUGGCCACCAAGGCUGCUCGUAAAAGUGCCCCGGCCACCGGAGGAGUGAAGAAGCCGCAUCGUUACCGUCCGGGAACGGUGGCCCUCCGAGAAAUCCGUCGCUACCAGAAGUCGACCGAGCUGCUCAUCCGCAAGCUGCCCUUCCAGCGCUUGGUGCGUGAGAUCGCCCAGGACUUCAAGACUGAUCUCCGCUUCCAGAGCUCAGCCGUCAUGGCGCUGCAGGAAGCCAGCGAGGCGUAUCUGGUUGGUCUGUUCGAAGACACGAAUCUGUGCGCCAUCCACGCCAAGCGCGUCACCAUCAUGCCCAAGGACAUCCAGCUGGCCCGUCGCAUCCGCGGAGAGCUCCAGUGCGUAAUAUUCGCCCCGGAGCUGAAAGGACUAAAGGACGAAGAAAUUUUGCUCAACAUGGAAAGUCAAAACGUCAAGCAAGUCCGACGAUUCACCCGAAAGGUGAAUGACGAAAUACAACCAUCGAACUCUUUCCUGAUACGCGUAGAAGCUGGAAAAAUACCGGAAUCCCUUCGCAUAGGGCUGUUGCAGGGAGGAAAGGUAAAGGGAAAGGCAAAGUCCCGUUCCAACCGUGCCGGUCUUCCGUUCCCCGUUGGCCGUAUUCAUCGUCUCCUGCGCAAGGGUAACUAUGCCGAGCGCGUCGGUGCCGGAGCACCCGUGUAUCUGGCAGCCGUCAUGGAAUACUUGGCUGCUGAAGUGCUUGAGUUGGCCGGAAACGCUGCCCGUGACAACAAGAAGACGCGCAUCAUCCCGCGUCAUCUGCAGCUGGCCAUCCGCAACGACGAGGAGUUGAACAAGCUGCUGUCCGGAGUAACCAUCGCUCAGGGUGGUGUGCUGCCCAACAUUCAGGCCAGUGCGGCCCUGACGCUUCAGAGCAUACACCACAUCCAUAGCGGUGACGGUCUUACGCUUGGCGUGUUCAGUGUAAGUGACCGCAUCACGAAUCACAUUCUCCAGAAAUACUUUCAGGACGCCACGGGUUUCCUCGUAGAUGAGGCCGGAGAUACGUUUCACUCCUCCGCGCCGAGCCAAACGGCGGAUGGCGGGCUUGUCAUGAUGAGCACAGGAUUUUCGCUCCGUGCUCAACGAAACCUACGCUCCCGAAGUGAAAUGGCUCGUACCAAGCAAACCGCUCGUAAAUCGACUGGAGGUAAGGCUCCUCGCAAGCAGCUGGCCACCAAGGCUGCUCGUAAAAGUGCCCCGGCCACCGGAGGAGUGAAGAAGCCGCAUCGUUACCGUCCGGGAACGGUGGCCCUCCGAGAAAUCCGUCGCUACCAGAAGUCGACCGAGCUGCUCAUCCGCAAGCUGCCCUUCCAGCGCUUGGUGCGUGAGAUCGCCCAGGACUUCAAGACUGAUCUCCGCUUCCAGAGCUCAGCCGUCAUGGCGCUGCAGGAAGCCAGCGAGGCGUAUCUGGUUGGUCUGUUCGAAGACACGAAUCUGUGCGCCAUCCACGCCAAGCGCGUCACCAUCAUGCCCAAGGACAUCCAGCUGGCCCGUCGCAUCCGCGGAGAGCGUGCCUAAAUCGUCCAUGCAUCCGGAAGCGGUCCCUGUCUAAACGGGACAUUUCCUUCU